GCCAUUGCCGGGGGCUCGACGAGUGUGCGGGCAGACUAUCUGGUCGCCGUGUACCGCAACGCACAAGAGUCGCCCGAAAGACUGCCCGUCGCCCGCGCCGACGUCCUCAAAACAAACCCACAGCGGUCCGCCAUGUCGUCAAAACUCCCCUCCGUCCUCAGUGCCACCGAUGAGGAGAUCCAGCUUCUCCUCGCGGCUCAGUCGCACAUUGGCAGCAAGAACUGCGACAAGCAGAUGCUUCCUUACGUUUGGAAGCGGAGGUCUGACGGCCCUCACAUCAUCAAUAUCGGAAAGACCUGGGAGAAGCUUGUUUUCGCCGCUCGUGUCAUCGCUGCCAUCGAAAACCCGAACGAUGUCUGUGUAAUUUCUGCCCGCCCAUACGGUCACCGUGCCGUCCUCAAGUUUGCCGCGAACACCGGCGCGCAGGCGAUUGCUGGCCGUUUCACCCCCGGUAGCUUUACCAAUUAUAUCACCCGCUCGUUCAAGGAGCCCCGUCUCAUCGUCGUCACCGACCCCCGCGUUGACCACCAGGCUAUCCGCGAGGCCUCUUACGUCAACAUCCCCGUCAUCGCGUUCUGCGACACUGACGCUCCCCUGAAGUUCGUUGACGUCGCGAUCCCCAUCAACAACAAGUCUCGUCACUCUGUCGGUCUUGCUUGGUGGCUCCUUGCCCGUGAGGUCCUCCGUCUUCGCGGUACCAUCCCCCGCACGUCCGAUGGCUGGAACGUCAUGGUCGACAUGUUCUUCUAUCGGGACCCCGAGGAGGUUGAGAAGCAGCAACAGGAGGAGGCCGCCGCGAAGGCUGCGGCCACUGCCGGCGAGCAGGUUGAGGCGCCCAUCACCGACUGGGACGUCACCUCUGCUCCUCAAGCGGGUGGUAUUAACCCCGGUUUGGUUGCCGGCGAGGGUGGCCUCGAUUGGUCUGCGGAGCCCGCUGCCGCUGGUCCCACUGACUGGUCAGCAGAGCCUGCUGCUACCGGAUGGGGUGCGGAGCCUGCGGGUACUGGUGGUUGGGAAUAAACGUCUUAGGGACUGCUAGUCUUCUGGUGUCGCCACUACUGGUCGCUGUUCAGCAAUGCUGUGUUGUACUCUGGAGUCCAUGUCCAUGUUGACAUGCCCAUCCUCACGCCUUUUUAUUGA